GGGAAGGGAUUUUUUGUUGUUGUUUUGUUUUCAAAGAGGGAGGGGCUCUUUGAUGACAUCACUGUCACCUAGCUACGCCUUUGGCUGCUCCUCCCAAGUUUGCGGAAGUUUUAUCAACAGAGCAGGAAUCAUACAACUGGCAGCGUCAAAACCUAAAGGAUAACUAGGAUAUUAAUAUUUAUUUUGGCUAAUUUCCGGGUGAAGUAGAUGGACUUCAAGGCAGAGAAAAUACAACGGAUCCUCACGAAGUACAAAUUUGGAGAUGUCACAGUCGACGAACUUCAAAAAAUUCAUCGCAUCUUCCCUGACAUGACACUGAACACUGGCAUGUACACAUUCUCUGAUAACAGCCAAAUGGAGCUCCUGAAAUUAACUGGCGUCAUUCCUGUAAAGUAUGAUGGUCGCUCUUACAACUUCCCCAUCGAGCUGUGGCUUCUGUACUCGUUCCCGUUCACGCCUCCAAUAUGCUUGCUGCGGCCCACCUCCAACAUGGUGAUCAGAGAGGGAAAACACGUCGACGCGAAGGGACGGAUCCACCUGCCGGUACUUCACAACUGGGAUCAUCCCAGGUCAUCCGUCGUGGGUCUCCUGAAUGAGAUGAUUUCCAAGUUUGAGGAAGACCCUCCGCUAUCUUCCAGGACUGCAGGAGACACCAAGGACCCCCAUGAGCUCAUGGCUUAUGUCUCUAAUCUGAAGAUCAAUGAUGGUGGGAUCAGGCAUCAAGACCAGCAAAACAUCAAAGUUUCAGUCGUUGGAGGAGGAGAUUUGGGCAUGGCGUGUGUGAUGAGCAUUUUAUCUAAGUGUAAUGUGGACAGACUAGUUUUUAUCGACGUUGCUGAAAGCUCCUCCAAAGGCGGCGCUACGGACCUGGAAAUCUUCAACCUGCCGAAGGUGCAGGUAUCCAGAGAUAUUUCAUCUUCGGCGGAGUCCAAGGUUAUAGUGGUGACAGCCAACUCAUGGAACAACGACGAGUCAUAUGUAAAGGUGGUCCAGACUAAUGUUGAUUUGUACCGAGGAAUAAUCCCCAAUCUGGUACGUCUUAGCCCCACUGCCAUCCUGCUUAUUGCCUCACAACCAGUGGACAUCAUGACACAUGUUGCUUGGAGGCAAAGUGGUCUCCCUCCAACACGGGUGAUUGGAGCGGGGUGCAACCUGGACUCCGAGCGUCUGAGCCACGUUAUGGAUAUUAAUCUGAAUACACACAAACCCGCCUGGGUCAUAGGAGAGCUCUCAGACAAUAAAGUGCCUGUAAUAAGUAACGUUGGACUGAGUUCUAACGGAGCACUUGAGAUCGCCCCAGGAUCUAAUUCUACAAAGCCGUUGCUAGACAGAGCGUUUGAUCUCAUGAAAAAUCGAGGCCAGCGGUCCUGGUCUGUAGGUCUUUCUGUUGCGGACAUCACCAACACCAUCUUGACAGAUAAGAUGAAGAUUCACUCCAUCUCAACACUGGCUCAGGGCUGGAGUGGUAUAGGUGCAGAGGUGUUCCUCAGCUUGCCGUGCAUUAUGGGAGCAAACGGAUCUGCUCGGUUGGCUGGAGUGACACUCGGACCUGAAGAAGACUCCAAGCUCAGAGAAAGCAUCAACUCACUCUUUGGCCUCAUGAGUCAGAUCAGAAUAUGAAUGCAAUGAGAAAUCUGGGAAUAUUUGCUGCUAUAUAGUCAGCGAUGGACAGUGAUUGCACUAAAGUUUAGAAAAAAGGCAUGUAAUUUCCUAUGCCUGUUUCUCCUUAAAACGUGGACAUUGUGUACUAAAUCAUUGUAAAAAAUACAUCUAUAUAUAGAAAUAUAUAUUAUGCACUUUUUAUAGCUUGGAGGCAUUGGAAGCUUCUUUUGCACAUAUCAUGUUGCAUUGAGGUAAUGUUUAAUUUUCUUUUAAAGCCAAGGUGUUUCAUGCAGAACAUCUGAAAGAUGAGUGCAGUCUUGAGAAACAACUCAAUGUGGCAAAUGCUAUUCGGGAUACUAUGUGUAUUUAUGCAAACUAAUAUAAUUGAGUAAAUCACAGUGUUGGAUUAUGAAGAUGAACUAUGCAUAUAGUAACCCAGUGAGGGUGUGGGCUAUAGACCAGUCCACUGACUUAAAUGAAGCUUUUGUAUCUGUCGUCCUGUUUCCUUGCUCUUCAUGUACUCUAUGCAAAAAUCUCCUUGCAUAAUAUGAACAGAAGCUACUUCAGACUUGUAUAUUUUGUAAGACUACAUUGUUUUGUUGGUAUGCAAUAAACAUUUGAAAGCACACAUG